CCAAGCCUGGAAGUUGUUUCUUGGCGUCAGACUCUGCCUCUGGGCCGCCUGUUCCGUCCCAGAGACACGGUACCAGAAUAUUUAAAUCACUGUGGCGUUAAAUACGUUUUAAUAUCUGAUAGGGCCAGUUUCUGCGCAUUGCACUUUUUUUUCCUUUCAGGAACGUGUUCGGGCCCGCGGCAGGGGGCGGGGUCGCGCCUCCGCCUCGGCUCUGGUUCCAGCCGAGCCUCACCGGCGCCGAGAUGGAAAUCCCGAGGCUGCUCCCGGCUCGCGGGACACCACAGGGCGGCGGCGGCGGCGGCGGCGGCUGCUGCCCCGCGGGCGGCGGCGGGGUCCACCGAGCCCCGGACUCUCUGGCUUGUCAGGUCCCCACGCGCCGCCUCCUACUGCUCCGGGGGGCCCAAGAUGGCGGGCCGGGGCCGCGGAGCGCAGAGGCCCAGAGGGCCUCACGGGGCCUGGGCCCGAGCCCCAGCACGAACCGGUUGGCGCCGAGGCCGGAUCACCCGAGCCGCGGCGGCGGCGGCGGCGGCGGCGGCGGCGGCGGCGGCGACGACUUCUUCCUGUUGCUGCUUGACCCGGUGGGUGGCGAUGUAGAAACAGUGGGCGCGGAGCAGGCCCGAGGGCCGGGGUGGAGGGAGGAGGCCGAGGCCGGCCCGGGGCCCGAGCGGCGCGAGAGCGGCGCGAACCCCGCGGCGGCCCGAGCCGGGCCCCGCUGCCUGCCGGCCGCCCCGGCUGCGUCCCCGCUGCCGGCGGCCGGCCCGGGCCCCGCGGCGGCCUUCGCGGGCACCAUCACUAUCCACAACCAGGACUUGCUGCUGCGCUUCGAGAACGGCGUCCUCACCCUGACCACGCCCCCGCUGCCCGCCUGGGAGCCGCCGGGUCGCGCCUUCCCGCAGCCGCAGCCGCAGCCGGGGGCCCUGAGCGGCCCGCAGGCCGGGUUUCCGCCCGCCGCCGCGGCGCAGCUGGGCGACUGCCCCGAGCUGCCCCCGGACCUCCUGCUGGCGGAGCCGGCGGAACCCGCGCCCGCGCCGGCGCCUCCGGAGGAGGAGGCCGAGGCCCCGGCCGCCGCCCAGAGCCCCCGCGGCGGGCCUCUGGUCCCGGGCCCGGGCGUGGUGCUGUACCUGUGCCCGGAGGCGCAGUGCGGGCAGACCUUCGCCAAGAAGCACCAGCUGAAGGUGCACCUGCUGACACACAGCAGCAGCCAGGGCCAGCGGCCCUUCAAGUGCCCCCUGAGCGGCUGCGGCUGGACCUUCACCACGUCCUACAAGCUCAAGAGGCACCUGCAGUCGCACGACAAGCUGCGGCCAUUUGGCUGCCCGGUGGAGGGCUGUGGCAAGAGCUUCACCACCGUGUACAACCUCAAGGCGCACAUGAAGGGGCACGAGCAGGAGAACUCCUUCAAGUGCGAGGUGUGUGAGGAGAGCUUCCCCACGCAGGCCAAGCUCAGCACCCACCAGCGCAGCCACUUCGAGCCCGAGAGGCCUUACCAGUGCGCGUUCUCUGGCUGCAAGAAGACGUUCAUUACUGUGAGUGCCCUGUUUUCUCAUAACCGCGCCCAUUUCAGGGAACAGGAACUCUUUGCCUGCUCUUUCCCGGGCUGCAGCAAGCAGUACGACAAGGCUUGCAGGCUCAAGAUCCACCUGCGGAGCCACACGGGAGAGAGACCCUUCCUCUGUGACUUCGAUGGCUGUGGCUGGAACUUCACCAGCAUGUCCAAACUCCUACGACACAAGAGGAAGCACGACGACGACCGCAGGUUCACCUGUCCCGUAGAGGGCUGCGGGAAGUCCUUUACCAGGGCCGAGCACCUGAAAGGCCACAGCAUAACCCACCUGGGCACGAAGCCUUUCGUGUGCCCCGUGGAAGGCUGCUGUGCCAGGUUCUCCGCCCGGAGCAGUCUCUACAUCCACUCCAAGAAGCACUUGCAGGACGUGGGCACCUGGAAAAACCGUUGCCCUGUCUCCACCUGUAACAAACUCUUCACAUCCAAGCACAGCAUGAAGACCCACAUGGCCAAAAGGCACAACCUCAGCCAGGACCUCUUGGCCCAGCUGGAAGCUGCGAACUCCCUUACACCCAGCAGUGAGCUCACCAGCCAGGGCCAGAACGACCUCAGUGGUGCAGAGCUAGUGUCCCUGUUCUCCGAUGUCCCUGGCCACAGUUCUGCUGCGGUGCUGGACACGGCCUUGGUCAAUUCUGGGAUCUUGACGAUUGACGUGGCCUCUGUGAACUCGACUCUCGCAGGCAGUCUCCCUGCUGACAGCAGUAACCAUUCCUUAGGGCCGGCGGUGGAACCCCGGGCCCUCAGGGCCCCCAGUGACCUUCCCCAGAGUCUGGACACCUCACUCUUCUUCGGAACCUCGGUGGCUGGCUAUCAGCAGAGCCCCUUGGACAUGGACGACGCCUCCGGUGGGAACGUGGGCCUCUUUGGCUCCUUGGCUCCGAAAAACGCCAGCCUGGAACCCCAGGCUUUGACACCCAGCAAUAAGUUAACUGUGGACACCGAAGCUCUGACUCCCUCCAGCACCCUUUGUGAAAACAGUGUCUCGGAACUACUGACCCCUGCCAAAGCCGAUUGGAACGUGCAUCCCGAGUCGGACUUCUUUGGGCACGAGGAAGAAACCCAGUUUGGAUUCUCCAACCCAACAGGAAGCCAGGGUUCUCAGAAAGAAACAGAUCUUAUCACGGUGGCUGGCACCCCGUUUUUGGUAUGAGCCGACUCUGCCCGGGCCCUGACGUGUGGCUCGCUUUGAUUACACUCAAAUCUGAGGAUGUUCUGGACAGAGUGCUCACUUACUUACCUGGGGUCCUUUCUUGCUGCUUUGCAAAGGAGCACAUCUGUGGACUACAGAUUGAGAGAUUGAAAUUCUCAUCCCGAGUCUGGAACUGAUGAGUUCUGUCCCUUAACCUAGCUGAGCCUUAAUUCAUUAUUUAUAAAACUAGGUGUUUUUUCUAGAUUGUUUCUAUUUCCUUUUAAGCUGUUAUUUCCAUUCUUUGUACUCCUUUCGUGUAAUUUUUUAGAGUAUUUUAUAAUGGUUACAUAUAAUUGUAAUGUAAUGAAAAGGGCUAUGAUCCCUUUGAACAUUAAAUGAUCAGUGAUAGAUGAACUGGUGUUUUUAACUUUUAAUAUGGAUCUUACCUCAUGUCUACAAUAUCCAUAAUAUCAGUUCAGUGCAAAAAUUGGGAAUAUUAUUUGGUUGUUUGAUAUUUUGUCUUCUUAUGGUGUCUUUCUAUAGGAAGUUUUAUUUUUGUGUUGAAAAAGUCAGGGUUUUGAUAUAUUGCAAGCAUAUUCUAAAAUAUUGCCUCUUACAUUUGAACAAGUGGCCUUAUAUUAGUCAUUCAGUCUUGCUAAGCCUUACUUUCCUAGCUUUACAAUGGUCACAGAAAUCCUCGUUGUUCGAAAUCAUUUUGAUUUUUUCAUGCUUGGGAUUGUUACUGAAGGAAAAAAUACAUGUUUUGGCUUCUGUGAAUCUUUAGUUUUCUUGUCUCCCUAUUUCCCCUCUUAAACAGAAGUUAGCAACAAAAGUUAGCAAAUAUUUAUUUUGUAGUUUUGCAACCAGUAAAAGUUUAUGAGCAUUAAGCAUACAUGGGGAUUGGUUCCUUCCACAGAUUGAGGAGGACUUUCUCUACAGAGUUCUUAUUUGACAUUUGUCACAGUUCCAUUUGUUCAGUGUUUACUGGUGUCUGUUCAGAAUCAAAGCCAGCUCUUGGCCUGAAUCUACUAGUUCAAUAAAAUUUGGGAAUGAACCAGAAGAAAAUGUUUAUUUCUCUGUCCUGGGGCCCUCAUUCCUAACCCUCUCUUGAAUGAGAAGCUUUCUGUGCAUUUUGAAAUACUGUCAUUUUUAACAUGAAUGUAGAAUUUUAUGAUUUAUAUAGAAAUUUCAUAUCUAAUAUAUUUGAUCAUCAUAAUCCUAAUGAGAAAGUGUGAACUUCAACUGAUAUCAAUUUCUUGACCUAUGACAAAUGGCAUUCACUUUGUAAAUAUUAUUUGUGGUUCAAAUCAAAAAGGAACUAUUUCUACCUCUCCCAUUCUGCUGUUCUGAAUUCUGUGACCUUUGUUUAUGAGCAUGUCUUUUGUUCCUCCUAAGCAUAUACUUGUUCCUUUAUGCUGUUCUGUUGUGGCCCAAACCCUCCCCCCAUUACUGUAGUCCUUGGUAUAUGCCAUGACUCUACCUUUUUUUUUUCUAAUUAGACACUUCUUUUUGGUCACCCUUUUCUCACAUGAUCUAAUUUUAUUCACAAUAAUUACUGCAGUCAUUGUAUACAAUGAGAAGGUAUUUUCUGAAUCCAGAUUACAAGUGUGUUUACAGGAGUCAGAUGAUAAUGGGAUUAUUUGUUUUUCUAUAAAUUCUGAUGACAAGUACCUCUCAAAUUUGUUCACCAUGUUUUCUACUAGCAUAUUGUUGUUCAAUACUCAAAUUCAAUACUGUUUUCAUGAGGAAAAUAGUUUUUAUAGUACCUUGGCAAUAUAUAAUUUGCCACUUUGAAAUGCAUUAUGUACUAUAUUUGUAAUUUUUAAAUUGGUUGAACCUAUUCAGUGAAAAUGCAAAAAGUAGACAUUAAUUUGUAAUUUAAAGAAGUAUUCAGAAUUUUAGUGUUUCCAAGCAACAAGAGUAUUAUUCCCUUAGCACUUUGAAAAUAUUUUAAAACUAUUUUAGAAAUGCAUUUUCAUGAGUUAAAACAUUUCUCAUUUUAGUUUGCAAGGACUGCAAAGGCCUGAGGUAAACACACAUUUCAUAAGCAUUUAUUAAGAUAUGUAACCAUAAAGAUAUUUUAAAAUGUCACUGUUUCUUUUACAUUUCUUCCAAUUAAAGACUAUAACAAAACAUUCUUACCUACAGUCUUGAUGACAAAAGUCAUGUUAUCAUUAUGAUUUCUCUACGAACAUUGUCCUAGCAUGAUGGUGGAAUGACUGUAAUUGCAGUCAGAGAUGUAUUUCUGUUGUUAACAUAAAUUUGACAUUUUAAAAAUGA